AUGGAGCCAAUUGAUCACCCUGUUGCGAGCGAUACGAGCAUCGCGAAGCCGCCUCACGCUCUAGGCGCUUCGACCUCGGCCAAGGCCCAAUUGAUUACUCUCCCGGCAGAGCUGAUCCUCGCGAUUCUCGAGCUGUGCAAGAAGCCAAGUCGCGGAUAUUGCCGGCCCAGCGCGAUUACUGCGCUGUCUCAAGUCAACAAGCAGCUCCGCGAAGCUUGUAUACCCAUCAUGUUUGAGACCAUGACCCUGUGGACUAAGGAGGAUCGGCUUCGUAGCCACCUUCAAGCCAUCGACGGCAGUCGCCUUCUCAAGAUCGUCCGCUACCUGCGUGUUCAUACCAACGGCCCUAGGCGAGAGCCUUUCGACGAGCACGACAUCGUCAGCCAACCUUGCGAGAAGGAGGCCCCGGUUCUCCUAGCAAAGGUCCUCGGCCAGAUGACGCACCUCCAAGACCUCAGCCUCAUCAUCGGAGACGGAAACCAGUCGCUGCUGAUCCCUCUGCGCAAGGAACUCAAGGGAAUGGUCAUGCCCUCCGUCCGAAAGCUCAUCUUCCACACCACCCUCACCGUCAGCUUCAUUCCCGAGGUUUUCAGUGAGCUGCGCGCCCUCAGUAUCCACGUUUGCGGCACACCCUGCAAGACUCCCGGCCUUGCGGCGAUCGCGCCCAAGCUGAAGGAGAAGCUGAACACUCUGCACCUCUACAAGGCCGGUUGGACGAAAGACGGUAUCCGGGAGAUUGCCGACCUGUUUCCGGCUGUGGAGAACUUGACGGUAGGAGGAGAGGUAAAGAAUGUGAAGAUCUCCGGUUUGGUGCCCAUCUUCAAGCGCUUCACCAACCUCAAGCACCUGGCCCUCACCGAUCUGCAAGUCGUCGUGCCUGAAUCGGACAUCGAGACCACCCGCGCCAAGUGGUACUUCAUGGAGAUCGAGGAGCUUCGGGAGGAUCACCCUCUCAAGGAGGACCAGGGUGUCGUCGCGAAGAAGUUCUUCCGUGGAUGCCCCGAGCUUGUCGAUAUGGUCUUUGAGACCAUGUUUGAAUGGGCUGACACAUGUCGCUUCCGCCCCGUCAAGGACGAGGAAUCUGGAGAGGUCAACGAGGUCAGCAAAGAGGAGGGUCAUUUCUGGCCCAGUCUUUCCGAGUUUGUCUGA